UCGUCUCGUAAGCCGUUGAUUUGUAUGGGAACCAGGACUAAGGUGGGACUAGCCGACUGAAUGUAGCCUGCUGUGUGUGUUUUGAAGAAAGAAACCCACAUUUUAUCCGUUUUUUACAGCGAUCGGACAGCAGCUACUUGGUGUUUUUUUUUUAUUUUUUAUUCUAAGGAUACUGAGGAGCGCUCUCCAGGAGAAGGUGGAUUCUCCUCUCAGCCAUCUUGACUGCUGCUCGAAGGCUGCUUUCCUCUCCUCCUCCUCCUCCUCCUCCUCCUCCUCCUCCUCCUCUUCAGCUGAAAGUAAACACGGAUUGCACAUUUUGCUUGCAACUCCGUGCAAGAUCCAGAGAGAGAAGCGAGAUGGGCGCGCUGCUGAUCGACAUCUAACCGGACCGAGAGAGAGAGAGGAUCUGUCGCCACAAGAGGUCUGAUGGACAUGGACCUGUUCGGGAUCUACCUGCUCCUCUCACUCGCCCUCCUCCUGCCCAGAUCCAGCUGCACCACCGCCAAGGAGAUCACCUGCCAGGAGAUCGCCGUGCCUCUGUGCAAAGGCAUCGGCUACAACUACACCUACAUGCCCAACCAGUUCAACCACGACACGCAGGACGAAGCCGGACUGGAGGUGCACCAGUUCUGGCCCUUAGUCGAGAUCCAGUGUUCCCCGGACCUCAAGUUCUUCCUGUGCAGCAUGUACACCCCGAUCUGUCUGGAGGACUACAAGAAACCCUUACCUCCGUGCCGGAGCGUGUGUGAGAGAGCCCGGGCCGGCUGCGCGCCUCUCAUGCGGCAGUACGGCUUCCCGUGGCCGGAUCGGAUGAAGUGCGACCUGCUGCCGGUGCAGGGCAACCCGGAGACCUUAUGCAUGGACUACAACAGAACAGACUCCACUACGGUGUCGCCAAUCCUCUCCAAACCCACCAACCACCCCUCCUCUAAGGGUUACAACCCGCCGCCGAGAAAGAAGCCCGUCGCGCCGCCUGGGAGACACCAUCCGCCCGCUGGAGGAGCAGCUCCUCCUCCGUGUGAGCCGGGCUGCCGGUGUCUGGAGCCGAUGGUGCCGCUGAACACGGACCGACACCCGCUCUACAACCGGGUGAAAACAGGUCAGAUCCUGAACUGCGCCAUGCCGUGCCACAACCCGUACUUUACGCACGACGAGAGAGCGUUCACCGCGUUUUGGAUCGGCCUCUGGUCCGUGUUGUGCUUCGUGUCCACUUUCGCCACCGUGGCCACUUUCCUCAUCGACAUGGAGAGAUUCAAGUACCCGGAGAGACCCAUCAUCUUCCUCUCAGCCUGCUACAUGUUCGUGUCAGUGGGAUACAUUGUUAGAUUAAUCGCUGGACACGAGAAAGUGGCGUGUAACCGGGAGUUUGACGUGGAGCACAUCCACUACGAGACCACCGGUCCUGCGCUGUGCACCGUGGUGUUCCUCCUCGUCUACUUCUUCGGCAUGGCCAGCUCCAUCUGGUGGGUGAUUCUGUCGCUCACCUGGUUCCUCGCAGCCGGGAUGAAGUGGGGUAACGAGGCGAUCGCCGGUUACUCGCAGUACUUCCACCUGGCCGCCUGGCUCGUCCCCAGCAUCAAGUCCAUCGCGGUGCUGGCUCUCAGCUCCGUGGAUGGAGACUCCGUGGCUGGGAUCUGCUAUGUGGGCAACCAGAACCUGGACAACCUGCGAGGCUUCGUCCUGGCUCCUUUAGUGAUCUAUUUAUUCAUCGGGACUAUGUUCCUCCUGGCCGGAUUCGUGUCUUUAUUCAGAAUCCGGAGCGUCAUCAAGCAAGGUGGCACCAAAACGGACAAACUGGAGAAGCUGAUGAUCCGGAUCGGAGUCUUCACGGUGCUCUACACGGUACCGGCCACGGUUAUAGUGGCGUGUUACUUCUACGAGCAGCACAACAGGCAGAGCUGGGAGAUCACGCACAACUGCUCCAGCUGUUUGCUGGAGAGAGACCGCAGGAGUCCGGACUACGCGGUGUUUAUGUUGAAGUACUUUAUGUGCCUUCUGGUGGGCAUCACGUCGGGAGUUUGGAUCUGGUCUGGGAAGACUUUGGACUCGUGGAGGACUUUUUGCACCAGGUGCUGCUGGGGGAGCAAAGGCACCAGUGGAUCCAUGUACAGUGAUGUGAGCACCGGACUGACGUGGAGGUCUGGCACGGCCAGCUCCGUGUCUUGUCCCAAGCAGAUGCCAUUGUCCCAGGUUUGAAUGAGACAAAAAAAAGAAAGAAAAAGCAGCUUAAAUGAGGACUGCUAAUUGUUUGGGAGAUAACCCAUCAACUCCCUUGUCUUAAAGCAAUUUGCAUAGUAAUGAACUGCUGCUGAGGUGUUCCUCCUCUUCCUCAAACAUCCACACACCUCUGUGAGUGAAACAAUGUAUCUGGCAUUCACACAGGUUAAUUCCUCCCUGUUUAUAUGUGUUAGAGGUACAGAUUGAGGCUAUUUAAGCAGCCCUGGGCAUUACUUGUUGUAGGCAGAGAGACAGGUUUUGUUCCUAACUAGCUUCAUACAAAGAGGUUUUUUAUUAUUGCCAUUUUAUUAUCUACACAGUGCCAGACUACAUUCAAUCACAUCAAAGAUGGUUUAAAUUAAGCCUUAAUAGUGCCCAUUUUUUUACGGGUUCAUUUUUGUUAUUUCAAAUGUAUUUAUAUAAAAAGUAUGUAAAAAAAACAACUUGUACAUUUGUGUAUAAAAAGAUUUCUUUAUAAGCUUAUAUUGUAAAUUUGUACAAAGUGUAGAUGUCUCUUUUUGUGAGAAAAAAAAGAAGCAAAACCUUUAUUUUGACAAUAAAACAUUUGAUAAAUCUUCAAAAACUUCCUGUGUUUAAAC